GAGGCGGUUCAUGGUGACUGCACAUUUCUCUCCCAGCUCAUUGAUUUUGCGUGCGUUUUGCUGAACGGUCGCUGGAACGUUUCGGGACAAUUUGCGGAACAAAAACCAUAGUGUUCUCUUCCAGUAGUGAAGUUGAUUGUUACGGUAGCUGUGUGUAAUACAGUUUUUUUUUUUGGUCGUAGGGAUAGGUCUUGGGGCUGGAUCUGCAACCCAGAACAUUUUUUUGCAUUUUCAUAUGUUAGUCGUUUUGAAGCAUAGAAGUGAUGUUUCUUCCAAUUAGAAUUCAGUAGCACAAAAGAAGACUUACAGGCGUAUCUCUCAUUCGGUGUUGGAUCUAACAUUAGUAGCAAGAGAGAAUCAUUGGUGAUAAGCAGGUCGCGGAUUGAGAAACAUCACAAAAGUGGUUUACUGGGAAAAAUCGAUUCCUGCUGUGGCGUAUUCAGAGGAUUUUCAACUGGUGAGUGUGUUGUGUUGUUUCUGGAGCAGAAGGAAGAUUGUAAAUUGGGAUACAUCCCUGUUUUGUUGUGAGCAGCAGUGCGUCACGCUGUUACUGCUGCAAUCGUGAAGAAGAGUGAUUAUUCUCUAGAAGAAGCGAAAAAAUCGUGAGCUCAUAAAAACGCCUCUUUGGGUGCGGUGCAAGUGUGAUCUCAGAAGUACGUAUAGAUGACGAGAAAUUGCGAUGAAACAAGUGUGAGCCUAGUAGUGAGAACCCAAUUCAAAGUUGGUGCUGUGCAAUUGAUCAAUUAGCAAUAAAUGGCUGCAGUUUUUUCGAGAGGCAAUCAAAGUGGUUCGCCUUGGAUGGUUCGGGUCUGAAGAAUACAGUGAAGGAGUAGUGAGGGAUGCUGUGAGUGUGCGAAUUGUUAAACCUACCAGUCAUUGCUGCCUCUCUGAUAGCUUGAAUGAGAUUGGCGAGCCAACACAACUUCGGUAGAAACAUCAGAUAAAAAACAAAAGUGAACUUAUAGAAAACGGAAGGCUGCAAUUUACUAGUCUGCUAGAACGAUACAACCAUCGCGAUAAGUACAGCUUUAACCUGGCGAAGACGGAAGGCAGAUUCUUAGCAGCUGUGCCCUUUCAAGGAAAUAUGAAGAUCAACGCAACCACCAAAAUGGCAACACCGAUUGAAGAGAAGUUCGAUCAAAAUUUAAAAACGCGCACAGGAAUGGUGAUGAUCAGCGAUGGAAAAAGCAAACCAGAGCUGGCGAGGCUACACCUUUCGAUGGAAAUGAUCACCAUUCAAAAACAGGACACAUCUACUACGGCUCCAACGCCAACUAGCACUAGUCAUCCACCAAUAGAGUCUAAAGAACGUAUGGUACAAAUCACACGACAGAAAGUCGGUGGCCUAGGAUUAAGCAUAAAGGGAGGAGCCGAACACAAGCUUCCAAUACUGAUAUCCCGAAUCUACAAAGAUCAGGCUGCUGAUGCAACGGGUCAGCUCUUCGUGGGUGACGCCAUCAUUAAGGUCAAUGGUGAAUAUAUUACAGCAUGUCCACACGAUGAUGCUGUGAACAUUCUCCGGAAUGCAGGUGAUAUUGUGGUACUUACAGUAAAGCAUUAUCGAGCAGCAACACCUUUCCUGCAGAAACAACUGAGUAGGGAAACUCCAGAAUCGGACAAUGAUGCAACCUGUGCCGAACUGAAAGCGGACGAGGUUUGGAAAUCGGCAAACAACAGCAGACCAGUGUCGAUCAGCUCGGAACCGGAAAAUCGAUGGAUUGAUUUAGUGUCGGUCCCCCUCAUGAUGGCCUACGUAACGCGAUACAUCUAUGGUACGGAUAAGCUACGACCAAAUGCAUUCGAAGUGCGGGGCCUCAAUGGUACCACAACCGGAAUAAUUCACUGUGACGACCUGGCCAUCCUUAGUCAGUGGCUGAAAUACAUCACCGAUAACAUUGUCGGACUGACCAAUCUGCAGAUGAAACUGUACAACCGCAACUUUCCCGUCGGCGAACGGAUUGAGUACAUGGGAUGGGUGAACGAAGGUGUCAUCAGCAAUCACAUCUCGUGGCAGAGCUACAAACCGCGCUUCCUGGUCCUGAAGGGCACCGAGGUGAUGCUUUUCGAUUCGCCUCCGCUGAAUGUGGCCGGUCUGCAGAAGGCAACCGUGGCGUACAAAGUGUACCAAACGAUGUUCCGGGUGGUGAAGGAGUCCGAGACGGUGGAUUCCAGACAGCAUUGUUUCCUGCUGCAGAGCUCAGGACACGAACCACGGUAUCUAAGUGUGGAAACGCGGCAAGAACUUCUACGAAUUGAAAACAGCUGGAAUGCUGCCAUCGUUACUAGUGUAAUUAAAUUAGGACGUAAAACAUUCGCAGUUUCUCACCACGGCAAGCCAGGUGGACUGACCUUGGACUGGCAAGCCGGAUUCUCACUAACCGAAGGCGCUGAUGCCAACGAAAUAUGGCAGUAUAAGUUCUCUCAACUGAGGGGAUCAAGCGACGAUGGCAAAUCCAAACUGAAACUACACUUCCAGGACCAUGAAACGCGUUCCAUCGAGACCAAGGAGCUCGAAUGUCAAGUUCUACAAAGUUUGCUAUUUUGUAUGCAUGCGUUUUUAACGGCUAAAGUUGCUUCGGUUGAUCCGGCCUUUUUGAGUUCGAUUCAGCAGGCUUGAAUUUGCGCUGAAGCUGCCGCAGAUCGAGGUGCCGAUGAGUGUGAUGACGAUGAUGACGCGGGCAGCGUGCUUCAGAUUACAAUUGUAGAAUUGUAAGCAAUUUAGUAGAUUUAAUGCAAUUACGGGGAGGGAGUCAUGGUCGGAGGAAAGGGUUAACCUGAACUAUACAGAAACAAACAAUCAAAAGCAUGAUGGCACAGUCCAGUUCAAUUAGGAUUCCAAAAUUAGCGAUAGGUUCAUUCGCAAAGGUUACCCAGUCACAAUGAGAGCGACGCAUAGGCGAUAUUGAGUCGCGUUUUCCAGAAUUGAUACAUAUUUAAGCGACUAGAACUAAAAUUGACUGAUUUUCACACAAGUAUUCGCUUUAGUUUCUAUGAAUGGAACGAAGUACUUCGUAAGUCUAGUUUUACUUAGUAUUUAGAUAAAAUCAAGGCAAAAAAGAUUAGUGAAUCGGGGCCAACUAAUGGCGACCUUAUAAUAUCUUAUGUUUUUCAGUUGAAUGGUGCUAACUAAGAAAAGCAAGCAAAAAAUCUCGUUAGGAAUUCAUGGAAAAUAAAAAAAUACCUUCAUGUUAUUUCUUCCACGGUUGAGUUUUACUUGGUGUAAAGCAAAGCAACAUCAACCGUACAGGCAUUCAGUGACGUUAAUAACGGGAGCAGUGUAAUUGAAAACCAAAUAAAUUUGAAUAUAAAUUACCGGUUCCCAAGACACGCAAGGCCCAAAUAAGAUUUAAACAGUACCGAAAUGCGUGUAGGAAUGGUGAAUACGUAAAUUUACACGCACCACAAGGUUGAUUGAUCAAAACAUUGUGCUAACCAAAGCAAUUAGAGCGAUAAGAGAAAAGUAGUUUGCGUAAGUUAGGAAUACCAAGCUUUUUUGGUAAUAAAGAAUGAGAAUAAAAAGUAAUGGAAAAA